AUGGAUGCUGUAAUACUGAAUAUCCUAGGGGAUAUCCCUGUGGUGACGAGAUUAUGGACCAUAGGCUGUCUAGUACUGUCCGGUCUUACAGGUCUCCGGAUCAUAAACCCAACAAGCGUGCUGUAUAAUUAUGACUUAGUGUUCAAAAAGGGACAGUAUGGCAGACUAAUUUAUUCAAUAUUCGAUUACGGUGGGUUCAAUUGGAUAUCUAUGCUAAACAUUUUUGUUAGCGCCAAUCACUUGUCGAUGCUAGAGAACUCGUUUAGUUUGAAAAGGAAGUUCUGUUGGAUAAUACUUUUACUCUUGGUGAUGCUGGUCAAGAUGACGAGCAUUAAACAGCCAGUCGCGUCGCUUGGGGUUCUUUUGCAUGAAAACCUGGUAUACUAUGAACUCAAAAAGAAUGGAAACCAAAUGAAUGUACGGCUCUUUGGUGGUAUCGAUAUAUCGCCUUCCAUAUUUCCCAUUUAUAUGAAUGCAGUGAUGUACUUUGUAUAUAAGCGGGAUUGGUUAGAAAUCGCGAUGAAUUUUAUGCCCGGCCAUUUCAUUUACUACAUGGACGACAUAGUAGGAAAAGUAUACGGCAUUGAUUUAUGCAAGUCGCCUUACGAUUGGUUUCGUAAUGGCGAGACACCAUAG